GGUCUUUACUUUUAAGUUUACUCAAGAGUAUAAGACGCUUGUGCUUAAUAAGCAACUCUUUUUGUAAAGCCCUUUCAUCAGUAGAGAAUUUAAUUUCCUCGUGAAAGGCUGACAACACCACAAAGACAGGAAAACUUCCUAUCGCUUACGAGGCUAUAAAAGAUAUGUGGGGGCAGUUUUUCACUUCCACUCGGGGAAACAUCUCAACACGUGAGAACAUAAUAGUUCAUUAAUAAUUUAUAGCCUCACGUGAGCAAUGUUUAGUGCCAGUGGGAAAACCACUUCCGACUUCCGUUCCCGCUUUUCACACGUCUACAGCUGGCGUCCAAAGUGAGUGACGAAAAGCAGUUCAGCAAAUAGUAUUAAAAAUUCAACUCCACAAAUACGAGCAUCCGACUUGUGUUUAUGGGGGUAAAUAUUUCAUGGUGCUUAGUGGCGACCAUAAAAUUCAUGAAUUACGUAACAGGAUUAUCCCUUGGGAUCCACCACAAAGUACACUGCAGUGUAGGAAAAAUCGACCUACUUCAUGCGAGUUUGCACAGAUUAAGUAGAAAAAAUCAAUACAAAUGGGGCGCGGUGGGUGCCACCAAUAUCAUCAUCCUAGCAAGCGUUGAAUAUCAGGAUGAAUGCGGAAAAUCAUACGGCGACACAGGGUGGCGGAGGCCGAGCGCCGAGAAGGAGAAGGUGGUCGUUCGGUCGUUCGUCGGUCGUUUCAACUGGAUUACAGGAGCUUUUGCCAGUUGUGUCAUCUUUCAUUCACUUUGCCAUCCGGUGGUAGACUUCAGUCAGUCUGGAAAGAAAACUCCACCGGGAGCCCGCCCUGAAGUGGGACUUCUGUCUCUUUUAUAAACGCGAGUGCCGCUUGUUUAGACGGUGACAUUCGCCGUUUUAUAAGGUAAUCGUUUCAUCGUCCCCCGGUUGGUAAACUAUACGGCAUCACGCAAAAACCAUGUCGGAUGAAAAGGUACACGUGUUUUUCUACGCCGUCAUCGUCCACCACGGCAUUUCUGAUAUCGAAGGAUACCUAACUAUAUCACAAAACCAUUCUCAUUCAUACACGAAUGAAUGGCUAGAAGGGUUUUGGGUUUUGGUUUUUCAUUUUCUUCACUUCUAGGGUGUCAGACACCAUGGUUGGCCAUCUUCCAUAACCUCACGAUGUACUUUACUUCCAGUUCUAGAUUGAAGCAUCCACCUUAUCACAAAGUUAAGGAUUAUAUGUUUAUUUUAUCAAACCGGAAGGUCCAAAUCAAAGCAGGCAUAACAGAUCUAUUAGUAUAAUUGAACCAUAAUCGUAAUCGUCAAGUGGUGGUGGCGCUUUGGGUGGAAUUCCAAAUCGGAGCAGAAAAAGGUGGGCAAUAAAACGACAUUGCGUGUCACGAUUCAUUAAUGGAGAUUUACCUACCUACACGGAUGUCGUACACUGAUUCUAAUCUUUUUAAUUGAUGACCAAGUGGCGAAGGUGUGUCCUGCCUGCCAUAGGUAAUUUGCUGUUUCCAUACGUUGAGUGUAGCGAAAGAGUUGUCAUUAGAGGUGUCAAAAUUGGUAUGAGAAAACUCUUAUAUGAAGUGGUUGAUAUUUUUGUUUAAAAUUUUUAUUUAAUUCAUUUUUUAAAAAAUGGGCAUUUGGGUGGUACUAGUAUGUUCCAGAAUCAAAACCUCGAAGACUGAAAUUGU